UGGAAGGAUGAGUCCAAAGCCAUCUCCAUCACUCACAUGGAUUCUCUGUCCAUGGCUGGCAAUAAAAUAGCUCCCGCGAUGCUCGCUGAUGCAUACAAUAGUUUAAGCUAGCGCUAGCUGGUUGCGGAAGAAGAGCUUCGUGAUCUGGUCUUCUCAUGGAGGUUGAGGUGCAGCUCUCAUGGCCGGCCUGCCUGCCUCCGCCUCUCAAAGUGGACUUUGUCGAGUGCGAAAAGCAGAGCGGAUUCGAGGCGGUCGUUGGUGCCGUUCACAUGGCGUCGGCGGCUUCCUCCCGGUGGUCCACCUGGGUUCAGCUCGGUGCAUGCACGAACGCAUGCUUCAUUAGUUUAUGGGACAAUGGACGUUGAUGCAGCAUCCUCACUGCAUUAAAGGAUUCCAUUCAAAAUGGAUGGUUGAUUCUCCUCACUGCCUUUCCUGUAUAUCCUCUCUCGGACGCAAUUGACACGGUAAGUCGUAAUCCUUCUCCGUCUCCGUCUCCGUCAACAUCAACACGUCCACCGCUUUGCUCACUGCUUCCUCCAUGUCUGGCCACAUGACUCACGUGGAGCUUUACCACACUGCUUCCUCCAUCUCUCUUUUCCGGCUUUAAUAUUCGUGCGGCGCGAGCGGGCCUCGGCGACCGCGUCGACCGUGACCGACGGGGGGAGCAAAGAACAGCAGCGGGGUGCGGGAUCUGCCACCUGAGAUGGAGGCUCCGGGUACCACAUCUACCAAAGCUCCGCGUGCACCGACGCCGGUCUCCGGCUUCCGAGCUGUGGUUGAGACGUCAUGGCCGCCAAGAGAUGGGAGGCAGGGGAAGGGUGGUGGGCGCCACCGCCAAUAAUGGUGGUCCUCCUAAGAUUCCAGGCCUCGCCCCCGCUCCUCCACAGCUACAACUCCCGACCACCUCUGCCGCUUAUUGCCAUACCGUGGUAAGGGCACCACAUGCGUCCUCCUACCCCUGGUUUGUCUCGACAAUGACGAAAAGGCCCCCAUGGCAGGUGAUUAGCAGAGAGUACGACGGGGCGAAGCACGCGUGCAACAGAAAGGGUAGGAACGUAAACGCAGUUCGAGGGUUAGGGGUGGGUGCGCCAUUGAAUGAUUGGCCUGCAGCUAGCAACGACAGCAUCUCUGAUCUCAUCUGACGUCGACGUUGCUGUCCUUGCCCCGAUUAAACCUCCCAUGAAACGUCGGAGGACUUCGGCUCGAUAAGAACAAGAGAGGGAGAGACGGAGCCUUCUCACUCGGACGAACAGGUUGAACAGGAGGCAGCAGCAGAUGGUUGUGAGGGAGAGAGAGAGAACGAAAGAGAGAGAGAGAGAGGGCCGUAGGGUUGUUGGGAGAGGGGAAUAAAAGGGAACGAUCGAUCGUUGUUGUGCUACCGGAGCCCUAUCAUGGAUUCAUCUUCUUCCUUGCUUUGACCUACCCAAACGCUGACUCGAUCCCUAAACGAAUCACGAGCCCACAAGAUAGGCGUCCCUCGUCUUCCUCCUGAACCCCUUCCGGUAGCAACAAUUGCAGCUACAUAUACCCAAUUUGCCAGGAAGAGAAUGAGCACCGAUGGAAGAGAUGGGUGAGUGGGGAUUAGCCGCUUGUUUUCGCUCCCGCUCUCCACGUAGCAGCGCUCCGAUUGCGUGCUAGAAGAAGGGGAGCUAUUGCACAGGUAAUGGAUCCGAUGACAGCAUCCACGCAUGGCUAUCAUCUCCCUCCCUUCCGCAGUCGUGACUUCCACCGUCUCCACCAUCCGCCGCAACUCCAACCCUUCCAACCGCAGCAGCAGCAGCCCAAGAUGGACGAAGAGCAGAGCAGCCUCCGUCAUGGCAACAAACGUGACAACGAUGACAGCAGCAGCAGCAACAACAAUUCGAACAGCGCUGACGGAAAGCAGCUGGCGCCUUUGGCAACCCCCGGCAACGGUGGUGCAGAGGGCCGGGAGAUCAUUCGCAAGCCACGUGGCCGCCCGCCAGGAUCGAAGAACAAACCGAAGCCACCGAUCAUCAUCACGCGAGAAAGCGCCAAUGCGCUACUAUCCCACGUGAUGGAGAUCGCCGACGGAUACGACAUCUGCGAGAGCGUCGCCACAUUCGCGUGCCGCAGGCAGCGAGGAGUCUGCGUCCUCAGCGGCAGCGGCACUGUCACCAACGUCACUCUCCACCAACCGGCCUCCCCCGGCGCCGUCGUCACUCUCCACGGCCGGUUCGAGAUCCUCUCCCUCUCCGGAUCCUUCCUGCCACCGCCCGCCCCGCCGGCUGCCACGGGCCUAGCCAUCUACUUGGCGGGGGGGCAGGGCCAGGUCGUUGGAGGGAGCGUGGUCGGGCCACUCAUAGCAUCGGGUCCCGUCAUUAUAAUCGCGGCUUCAUUCGGCACCGCCGCCUACGAGCGGCUCCCUCUCGCGGCAGAGGAGGGUCUACAAAUGCAGGGCACACUUGGAUCGCCGGAUCUGAUUGGCCAGUCGCCGCCGCCGCAGCUGCUGCCGCCUGACCCAAACAAUCUGCUCUUCCACAGCCUGCCACCAAACCUACUGAACAACGUGCAGGUGCCGGCCGAUGCUCAUGGAUGGGACGGCAGCGGACACCCUCCGCCGUAUUGAUUCGACUAAAAUUAACACUCGAUUAGUAUUUCUUCUUGUCUCAGCUGAAUUGUCUUCAAAUGGUGUUCGUUCUCGUUACUUUGACUCAUCAUCCUUGUGCCAGUGGAAGAAUAGCUCGUACAGAUGUAGACAAACCAGCUACGUACAUCUUCUGUUCUGUCGACUCUGUUCAUCUCCUUAAAUCGACUAACUUCUGCUUCCCUAAAUUAAGAAGGUUAAGUGGGAAAGAAAGGAUUCAGCAGCGUACAUGACCUCCAGGCUUGUCCUUUAGCUGCAUGGGUUGUUGCACACCACUGACCAGUCUCAGCUCCCAAAGCUCUCUCCCUCAGCAGCGGCAGCAUUCUCAUUGACACUGCUUUUGGAGGCUGGGGACUUGGAGCAAGGAGGAGUAAUGACGGACUGCAGUGCACGUGAACCGUGCAGCAGAAUCUCCUUCUCGAGGCAACACAGUUAACCUGAUAACAAGGCAGGCGUGAAUCAAAGAGGGGGUGAAGUUACUGUGCCUCUCAGUGAGUCAGGAUAAGGUUUUCAGAAGCUGCAGCACGCAGAGGAUGAUAUGGUUAUCCCUGUGUAUACCUUGAUGAUGCAGUAACUGGAAGGUACUAAAAUAUAAAUAUAAUGAUAUGCAUACUAAAAUAUUUCAUGUAUCAUACUAAAAUAUUAACCUUAUCGAACUUAUCCCACUAAUUCAAAAAUACCUAAAUUUAGAUGAAUAAUAGCACACAUGUAGCCUUCUCCUCCUCCUCCUCCUCCUCUUCUGGCAUACAGGCUCCUGGCCUGAUCCAAAGAAGCCUACAACCUCACUGGAAGCAACCACAGCCCAGCUUCUUAAACAUGAAUGAGAAUAAUACAAACAAGAACACCAUCAGUGCAUUCAAAGAUGGUUUGGGAAGGCCGGAAUUAUGUAGCCCGAUGACUAUUUUUAGUAGGUUAUCUUACCUCUCCAUAUGCUUCAUAUCCUUUCGAAUCGACUAUAACUAAUGAAAUGUGUUCUUGCUGUACCUCUCAAAUCCAUCUCGGAACAUGUCGAGCAGUCAGGAGCUUCUUCCUUGCAUGGAGCCCGAUGACCUGCGAGUGAUCAAUGAAAGCCUCAUGAUCUGCUUCCGAUGAGUGAUCCUUGUAGGACUUUCUCCCACUUCCUUACCUGUUGCGUAGUCUAAGCAUGUGAACUGUAGGAUGUACGUGAAGGAGAGGACAUGGGUUCAUGUGCUGUUGCUUGAUAUGUGCCCAGACAUCAUGUUGUGUUGUUGGUGGUGUUCCUCAGCUGUUCGAUGUCAAGUUCAACGAAUCCGGAGUCGGAUGUGUCUGGAUCAAACCUCACAUCCUUCGCCACCGGGAGAAGACCGAGGGCUGGAGAUGGAUGGUUGAUUCCAUUGGAGGCAGCUAAAUCGACGGCAUGUCUGCAAACCUGUAAAUGCCAUUUACGCAUGAAACUGCAGAAGAUGAAAACAGCUUAGCAACUUAUGCUUGCCAGAGGGAUGACGGGGAGGCGGCAGGCCAUGUGGAAAUGCUCUCCUGUACUUGCAAUCAUCAUUUACUUCCUUCCUGGUAAAUAACAAUGAUCUUGA